UUUUUAAUUCAAGCUGUCAUCACUAUGGCUAUUAGCUAUGGUUUUUGUAUUGUCAUUAUCAUUGUCUGGUAGCCUGCUGUUCGGAAGGACGUGAUUUGAUAAAUAUGUUUCGAAAUCAAUAUGAUAGUGAUGUAACAGUAUGGAGUCCGCAAGGACGCCUUCAUCAAGUUGAAUAUGCUAUGGCUGCAGUUAAGCUAGGGACAGCAACUGUUGGUCUUAAAAAUCGUGACUAUGCAGUUCUUGUUGCUCUUUGCAAGCCGCCGUCUGAGCUAUCUGCUUCUCAGCGUAAAAUAAUUCCUAUUGAUGACCAUCUGGGUAUUUCAAUUGCUGGUAUUACUGCAGACGCUCGUGUGCUAAGCAAAUAUUUACGAGCUGAGUGUUUGAGUUACAAGCACUCUUAUGGUUCCACAUAUCCAGUUUCCCGACUUAUUACUAAUUUGGGAAAUAAGAUGCAAACAACAACUCAGAGAUAUGAUCGUCGGCCCUAUGGUGUUGGAUUACUUCUUGCUGGAUAUGAUGAAAAGGGGCCGCACAUUUACAAAGUUGAGCCUUCAGCGAACUUUUUUAAUUGCAAGGCCAUGACUAUUGGAUCACGCUCACAGAGCUCGCGUACAUAUUUGGAGCGUCAUUUGCCUACAUUUUCUACUAGCUCCAAGGAUGAUAUAAUAUGCCACGGCAUCCAAGCAAUUCGAAGCUCAUUACCAAAUGAUGAACUUUCAAGUAAAGACGAGUUGGGAUCACAAUUGAACAUAACUGUUGCAAUCGUUGGAAAAGAUCAGCCCUUCAAGAUACUUUCUGAUGAAGAAAAUGUGUAUUAUUUGAAUAUGGCCACUAAGCAGGGUGCAUCCAAUUUAACUUCGAAAUCUUCUGAAGAUGAUGACCGCCCGAACGCUGAUGACUUGGGCUCUUCAGGUCCCAAAGAUCCUCUGGUCGCAGUCGCAACAAUGGAACGUCCUUAAAUAAACUAAUAAUAAUAAAGGUCUUUAAAACAUGUUUACAUCA